GUGGACUCCGCUUCCGGAGCUGCGCGUUGCGGGUCACAUGACCGGCCUGUGCAGCGAGACUUGGUGCGGCGUUACACAAACACCGCGCAAAACACCUCGCAAAACACCCGGUAAAACACAGCGAAAGAGUGCAUUUGAUCAGAUCUGUGUCGGCCGCUUGCACGAUGAGUGCUGGCACCCCAAAAUCGCUGCCGUCUUCGGGACAGAAAUCCAUUCAGGACAUCAGCCACCCCCUUUCUGCCGAAGAGUCUGUCCUGACACCCAGCCCAGAUGUGGGAAACACCACCAGCAGCCUCGGUGAAAAGGACCUGAGCCUUCCAAACGGUACUCCUGUGGGCACGUCUAGCCCGGGUUCGUCCUCCUCCCUCUUAAACCGUCUGCAGCUGGACGACGACCUCGAUGGCGAAACCCACGACCUGUUUGUCUCUGUCGACGACCCCAAGAAACACGUGUCCACCAUGGAAACGUAUAUCACCUACAGAGUCACCACCAAGACUAGCAGGACAGAGUUCGACCUGCCGGAGUACUCGCUACGGCGCAGAUACCAAGACUUUGAUUGGCUUCGAAACAAACUGGAGGAGAGCCAGCCGACGCAUCUCAUUCCCCCUCUCCCAGAGAAGUUUGUGAUGAAAGGUGUCGUGGACAGAUUUUCUGAGGAAUUUGUAGAAACGAGAAGGAAAGCACUUGACAAAUUCCUGAAGAGGGUAGCAGACCACCCAGUCCUGUCAUUCAAUGAAAAUUUCAAUGUUUUUCUCACGGCCAAGGACCUGAAUUCCUAUAAGAAGCAAGGGCUGACAUUGCUGACAAAAAUGGGGGAGUCUGUGAAGUACGUCACAGGCGGAUAUAAGCUGAGGGCUCGGCCUUUGGAGUUCGCCGCUAUGGGUGACUACCUGGACAUCUUCACGCAGAAGCUAGGCACCAUCGAUCGGAUAGCACAGAGAAUCAUCAAGGAACAGUCGGAGUAUCUGGUAGAACUACGUGAGUACAGUCCUGUGUACAGCAGCUGGGCAGGCUGUGAAGGGGAGCUGCAGAAGCCUUUGGAGGGAGUAUCGAGUUGUAUCAGCAGCUGCUCCUCUGCUCUAGACGAACUCACAGAGGAUAUGAGCGAGGACUUCCUCCCCGUGCUCAGGGAAUACGUUCUCUAUAUCGAGUCCAUGAAGAAUGUCCUGAAGAAGAGAGAUCAGGUCCAGGCUGAAUAUGAGGCAAAGUUGGAAGCUGUCGUUAUACGGAAGGACGAAAGGUCAGGGGUGCCCGCAGAUGUGGAGAAGUGCCAGGACCGAGUAGAGUGCUUCAACGCCGACCUGAAAGCUGACUGGGACCGCUGGCAGAACAACAAGAGGCAGGAUUUCCGACAGCUCCUCACCGGAACGGCUGACAGAAACAUCCAGUACUACGAGAAGGUUGGCCACUGCGAGCUUCCAGUAGGUGUUGACCUGUCCGUCACUGUCCCGCUCAUUGUGUCUCUGUCUCUGCAUUACAGUGCCUUGCAGCCUGGGAGUCCAUUAUUCCAUUAUUACAGGAGAAACCAGACAUCAAAAGUGAGACAGACUGAGUCCAGGAACACUGGGUAUGAAGGACUCUCAUUCUUUUCGCAGAACACGGACUGAUUACAGACUGCGAGUAUUUCAUCUUUCUUCGUGUUUAUACUUGUGAACCCAGUCUGAGUUCCAUCCGGUCGUGUGGCUUGACGCGGAUGUUAGGCUGAAUCUGACAGCAUAGCCUCCUGCUGAUCGGACUGCACCGGCUACCCAGGUGACUCUAACCUAUAACCUUACCGAACCCAAAGGAGCGAAUAAGCGGUUUUCUUUUAACAAGCAUUAAAUGACCAUUUUGUAAAUAGCUUUUUGAGGGAGAAUCAGACCUUUAGUCGCCUCUUUGCUCUCGGCACACGGAAUGUCUUGGAACGCCGUACGCAGUGUUUUCAUAGGAAAAACACUGUCACGGUUGAUGGGCUUCUGUUUUGGAACGUAUUCAUACCUGUUACAUGACCAGACAAAAGGGAUAUAUUUGGCACAAGAGACAUGAACUGUCUCUGGUUUUUACAAUGGAGAUGAUAUUUUCGUAGGGCCGGCGUUCAGCGCUACGUCGUUAAAUCGGCUCAAAGUCUGAUCACCCAAGACCAAGGGAACACACGAUGAAGAAUGUGGUAUUGCAGAAAAGGUCCUUUCAGUGAAAGUGCUCAAGAUGCUCAUUUUUGGUGCUAAAAAAAGGGAUGUUUGCUGAUUGUAGCUGAAAUAAUCAAUGGACUAACUAUUUGAACUUUGAUGGUAUUUUUUUUUUUUUUAAAGAUCUGUAGACCUAAUUUAGAGGUCAAUUUUAUAUAGUAAAUCCGGGCAUAUUGGCACCUUCCCUGAAACAGUGUCACAUUAAUCAGAUCUUUGCAUAAAUGUGACACAGAGACUACAGCCAUCAUUCCUCGACAGGUUUCCCUACCAUUACACUCAUUAUGCAUAUUUCUCAUCGACAUGUGAACUUAAUAGGGACGCCCUGGCCACACUUCCUGAGAUGUGCGAGUAACAUUAAUACUCUAAGAUUGAUUGCUGUGGUAAGGUUUUUGGUGUGAUUUAACAAUUAGUACUACCCCCAUGACACACUACUCUUUUAAUUUCUGGAAAACAAGUAUCAAAUGUUGUGCUGAAGGUUCACUACUAGUCAGCAAAUUUGAAGCUCUACAUUUAAGUAUUGAUAGAUUCUUCCUAACUGAUAUCUUGACCUGUGAACAUUUGGUUACUGAAUAUGCCUCUUCUGUGUUUAGAUAACAGAAAUUAAUGUAAGUGGUCUGGUAACUGAAGGCAAUUUGAGUACUAUGGAAAUUACUCUUGUAACGAUAAUAUAGUUGUUUCUGUACUAAUUAUAGAUUUGUUUUUCUAAAUAAACUGACCUCAUGCAAUACAUACACUACUUGUCACAAAAUACUUAAAUGUUCAUUUGAUAAACCUGGCCACAGACAAUUUUUUUGAAGAUCAGAUGUAUUUCGACGGGGGGGGACCACGUAUAAUAUUGAAUGGACACUUAUUUUCAGAAUGCUAUGCUUACAGUCCAAAUAUACCCAGUCUCACAAUUGAGAUCUACACUAUUGUAAACAGACCAUGUAGUAUCUUACAUGAUCUUACAAAGGAACUCCAGCAUGUCCUAUGAAAUGCCAAGUGUCUGUCUUUGUACACCUCCGAAACGUGCCAGCUUAACGCUGGAGAUCUGCACCCGACUCAGUUUCUCUGUGCCAAGAUCUCCAGCCAAGGUCAGUGUUUAUAGACUGAUUGUAAAAGCUGUAUUGUUGGUCGUGAUGUAAAUUCUCCCGAAUUUUGUUUCCAAUGGUAAAUUAAACAUUUGUCAUAAAA